CGUGGCUGUGGUAAUGUUAGAAUCUGCACAAGUCGAAUCAUCAUGUCGGCUCGGAUAACCAAGCAGCUGCUAAAGGCGUCGACGACGAUGAUUGACGUGCCUGCGAAGAAGACCCCUAAAGGUGUUGCCAAGCCUGGCACCAAUGUGAAGGUGGUCAAGUCGUCGAAGAAGCCCAAACGAGCCCGUCAUUACUUGGAAGAAGCCGAGACAGCGCGAUCGACUGCCGAUAACACCGUCAAGAACUUGCGCAUCAUCAAGCGUGCUACCAACCCAAAAGCGCAAGCUGUGAUGCAAAAGAUUCUGCAGGCUUCUUUGAAGAAGUAGUUGCCAGUCCACGACCUAUUUAGAGUUCCUCGGCGACCAGGGUCGACCAUUGUCAAUUUGCAGCAACUAGAAAUCUUAGCGCUUAAGAAUAUCCCCUUUCGAUGGAAUUUUGAAAUGUAUGCAUGAGUUCUA